CCAAAGCCAUCACUUCCCACCGCAUCACAAGGCUCCAUUCAUCCUGUCGCGUGUCCCUCCUGCCCUCGCUCCGCUAGUAUGACCCUCACGGUGUCGGAAUCGGACAGCAAUAGUCUAAGAAAUCCGAGCAUGACCGAAACUCUACCCAGCUCUGAACUAUCCUUACUAGCCAAACUGGAGGCCGCCAACAAGCUGAUCGAGAGUGACUCGAAGAGUCUAAACUCACUCCAGAGCUCGGCGCACAGCCGCAAAAGCUCCGACACGAGCCAAAUAAGUCUGAACUCGGGCGCUUCGUCCGUCGGCGAAGAAGAUGUGUGGUCGACGUGGGCCAGCAUCGUCACGGACUGGGAGGCCAGCCAGAGGCGCAAAGGCCCCACGGUGCGGGAACUGGUGCGCAAAGGCAUACCACACCACUUCCGAGCGAUCGUAUGGCAGCUGCUGUGCGGGGCAUCGGACGCCGAUAAGAAGCAGUACGCAGAGUACAUAAAGGCGACGAGCGCCUGCGAGAAGGUGAUCCGGCGAGACAUUGCCCGCACCUACCCGGAGCAUGACUUCUUCAAGGAGAAGGAUGGGCUCGGCCAAGAGGCACUGUUCAACGUGAUGAAGGCGUACUCGUUGCAUGAUCGCGAGGUCGGCUACUGCCAGGGAUCUGGCUUUAUUGUCGGAUUGUUGUUAAUGCAGAUGCCAGAGGAGGAAGCGUUCGCGGUGUUGGUGCAAAUAAUGCAGCAGUACCGUAUGCGCGACAUGUUCAAACCAUCGAUGGCCGAGCUGGGGUUGUGCAUGUACCAGCUGGAGAAUAUCGUACAGGAGCAAAUACCCGAGCUACAUCUGCACUUCCAAUCGCAAAGCUUCCAAACAUCCAUGUAUGCCUCGAGCUGGUUCCUUACACUGUACACCACCGCCCUCAAUCUCACGCUCAGCUGCCGUAUCAUGGACGUGUUCCUAUCCGAGGGCAUGGAAUUCAUUUUUAAGGUUGCCAUCGCCCUGCUAACCAUCGGCAAGGACACGCUGCUUUCACUGGACAUGGAGGCCAUGCUAAAGUACUUCCAAAAGGAGCUUCCACAGAAGGUAGAAAACGAUGCCGACGGGCUGUUCAAUCUCGCGUUUCAAGUGAAGAUCAAUACGAAAAAGAUGAAAAAGAUGGAAAAGGAGUACGCUGAUCUGCGAAAGAAGGAACAGGAAGAAAUGGUGGAGCUGAGACGGCUACGGAGCGAGAAUCGUUUGCUCAAGAAACGGAACGAACUGCUCGAGGCUGAAAGUGCGGAACUCGCGGAUCGACUUGUGCGUGGACAGGUAUCGAGGGCAGAAGAGGAGGAAACCAGCUAUGCGAUUCAAUCCGAGCUACUGGCCCUGCGGCGGACUCAUCUGGAAGUGUCCCAUCAACUGGAAACUGCCAACGAGGAAGUGCGGGCACUCAGUUUGAGAUUGCAAGAGAAUAAUCCCGAGAAUUCUCUCGAAUCCAACAACUCUCGCCAGAACUCAUUCGACGAGCUGAUCAUGAAGGAAGAGGCACUGAAACAGCGCGAUGAAAUGGUUUCUUGCUUGCUGGAAGAGCUGGUUAAGGUACGACAGGGGCUGGCCGAGAGCGAAGAUGUGAUUCGCAAUUUGAAGACCAAAAUUCAGGAACUGGAAGAGGACAAGAAAAGAUUGCGUGAAACGACCACGGACAACUCGGUGGCUCAUCUGCAGGACGAGCUGAUUGCAAGUAAACUUCGUGAAGCGGAAGCAAGUCUGUCGCUGAAAGAUCUUAAGCAACGCGUGCAAGAACUCAGCAGUCAGUGGCAGCGACAGUUAUCCGAGCAGCGGAAUGAUCCGACUCAGAGCAGCGAUUCAGGGGCGAAAAAGUUGUUGUUCUGGGAAUCGGGUCGUUCACAGGACUUGCAGAAGGUGGAAGAGGAACUCAUGACCACACGGAUACGGGAGAUGGAAACGUUGACCGAGCUGAAAGAGCUACGACUGAAAGUGAUGGAGCUGGAGACGCAGGUCCAGGUAUCGACAAACCAAUUGCGACGACAAGAUGAGGAGAGUAAGAAGCUGAAGGAAGAGUUAGAGGAAGCAUUGGUUCGCGAGCGCGAGUUGGCCAACAAGGCGAGAGAACAACAGCACCGCUACUCCGAUCUCGAAUCUCGCAUGAAAGACGAGUUGAUGAAUGUGAAGAUUAAGUUUACUGAGCAAAGUCAAACAGUGGCGGAGCUGAAGCAGGAAAUUUCAAGACUGGAAACUAAGAACUCGGAAAUGUUGGCUGAGGGUGAGCUGCGAUCUAAUUUGGACGAAUCGGAUCGCGUCCGUGAUCUGCAAGACAAAGUCGCAGAGCUAAAGGCUGAGCUAACUGCCAUCAAGAGCCGUGGGACGGCGUUAAACCUGCGGAAAAUUAAAAGUACCUCGAUACAAUCGAUUGAUUCGAACGAGAUUGAUUUUGCCGAGAUUCAGCUUUCAUCCAAAAUGCACAUUCCUGGACCGCCAGCCAGCAGUUCCGGUUCCCCGUCAUGAGAGGAGUUCGCACAAACACAGCAUCAACUUUUCGACAAGGAGGUAUCGAAAUGGGAAUGUUAUAUGGUCCUUCCGAUCAAAGGAAAUGUAUGCUUAAUGUAAAACCAAUUCCGUUACUGCUUCUGUGUGUAGCCUCCAGCGAACAACUAUAAUGCGCAACAAUUACUACGACUGCAACUAGAAUUGCAAUGUGUACUGAUUUAAAAACAAUGUUAAUUCCCCACCAAGGGAAUGAUUGUCGGCUUGUAAAGGCUUUUUGCUUACGUGUGUGAAAAGAAAAAUGGUUCAGAUAAAAAGGGUGGGAGCUUUUUGAAGUAAAUGUACCCGGCAACGGUACCACACUGCCAACGGACACAUUUAUUGACAACCAGCUCCGUUUCUUCGAAACGAUUUUACAUUUCCAAUAGUUUCUCGACCAACUGCUGCAAUUAUUCUUGACCUAGUGUUGGCAUUGUGAAUGCCAUUUUUAGUGUAAAUGUUACUUUUGUGUUAAUCUAUUCCCUCUGGUCCAUUCACCGGUUCGUGUUUCACAUUCUUUGCUACAGUAUUGCGUGAAAAGUUCUAAACAGUUGUGUGCAAUUCAUCGUAUUUUGUUGUCUCAAUUUUUGAAACUUCUAUUCCUUAUUCCAUAUAUUUCACUUUUUGGAAAAAAAACUGUUUUAUACUAGAGUCACAAUAGCGCACGCGUGGCUGUUGUUUUAUGCUUAGCUUAAGUCAUAAAGAGGUUGUUUAUUUACUCGUUUUGUUGGUUUUCGUUUUUCAUCAGUACAUGAAUUUCAGGGAAUGAAUCUUCCUCGCUGCAAUGACCACAUUCGCAUGUGAAGUAAAGUUGCCGCAAGGAACGAAUUACUUGUAAAGAUAGUUUGAUGCACAUAGUACAUGCAUUGGCGAAAGUUACGAAGUCAAAUUCGUACCGUUUUUUGUGUGCAAGACAACGCUACAUCAAUCGAUGAUCGGCGACAAACUGAUGUUUAGUGCAAGUGGUGCGGUUUUCUCGUGUACGAUAAUGAGCUAAUGUGCACCGAACUAACGAGAAUCCGGCACAGUCUAGUGAUAGUAGUUUGUAAUAAUGUGAAUGAAUGGCUAGGAAAAUAAUCUACUUUAAAAUAUUUACUUAAGACAAACUACGGAAACCGAUAGGAAUCGAGCGGAGACGGACAUAUUUUAGCACAUCAAACGAGACGAAACGCAGGUUAAUGGGUGCCAAAACAAUACAGAAAUCCGCAAAUAAAAUGAAACAAAACUUUCAAUGGAAAAAUGAUGCAUAAACCGUAUACAGUGAUGAAAAACAAACUCAAAAAAAAACAAGCAAAGAUAACAUUAACCAUAGGUUGUUCAUAAAUUUUCUUCGUAUUCCUUAGCUGAUGUUUCCCGAUUUGUUUGAUGCAAUGCUGUAUUAUGUAACGUGGCAUUGCCGAUAUUCUAAAAUUGAGGACAAGAAAACAAGAAAUUGGCAACAGACUUUGGUGUUUUUGUUAAAACAUAUGGAAAUUAGCUAAGGAAUCGUUGCUAGAGAAAUUCAUCUCCGAAUCGAUUUACUUCCUCCAACUUACUGAUACCAAAACUAAUAUCCGUUACGUGCUUCUCAAAAUACAGAAUAAAGCUAGCAGUAGAUGUACUUAAAACUCUUAUUACACGCAGUAUAGUUGAAAGACAAACGACAACGAGAUUUACACUCGCACAGAUAAAAUUAUUUGAUAUUUGUUUCCAAUCAGAAGUUCACGCAAAUGGGGUGCAAUGGACAAGUCGCCAAUUUUCAGUGUGCGAACUGAACGUAAACGAAGCACAUAAAUAAGCCAACAACAACAUGCAUACACAACUACUUCAUCACACGUUAAAACAGGGUAAAAGCAACACAUGAUCACCGUGAAAAGACAAGUUACGGAGAGAUUAAUCCACUACCGAAAACUGCGGCGUCAUCCUUUAUUGGGGAGCAAGCGAUGGGGGAGAAUUCAAACGGCAAGAAAUUUGAAUUCAUCAUGCGAGCAACAGUGCAUAAAAUAUCAAUUUUUACAACACAACAAAGAGAAGAUGACACUCACAAUAUCCCAUGUACGAUACGGAAAAGUUAAUGUCAAAAAAUUUUGUCGCAAUUUAUGGGAUUUUGAACACGCCGUGUCCGUUCUAAGUUAAGGGAUAGAUCAGAAUUCAGCGUUGCGUAUGAUGAAGAAGUAAAAUACAUACGGAUUGUGUCAUAAAACCGAAUCGUUCACUCCGUUUGCUGAUAAACUAAAAACUAACUACAAGGGAAAGCAGUUUUGUUUCUAUAUAACAACUCAGUAGCGAAAUAAUUCAUACCUUGCAGUGGUAAUCGAAACGUGUGUUGACAUAUAGAAAAUGAAAAAGAGAUUCCAAUAAAGCUGGAU